CGCGCGCUCCGCACCUCCCGCCCGCUCCCCCCGCGCGCGCGCUGUCCGCGCGCCCGGCGGCCCCAGGCGCGGGGCAGAUGAAGUACAUCCUGGUCACGGGCGGCGUGAUCUCGGGCAUCGGCAAGGGCAUCAUCGCCAGCAGCAUCGGCACCAUCCUCAAGUCCUGCGGGCUGCAUGUCACCUCCAUCAAGAUCGACCCCUACAUCAACAUCGACGCCGGCACCUUCUCCCCGUACGAGCACGGGGAGGUGUUUGUGCUGGAUGAUGGAGGGGAAGUGGACCUGGACCUCGGGAACUACGAGCGCUUCCUCGAUAUCCGACUCACCAAAGACAACAACCUGACCACGGGGAAGAUCUACCAGUAUGUCAUUAACAAGGAGAGGAAGGGAGAUUAUCUUGGCAAAACGGUCCAAGUUGUUCCCCACAUCACAGAUGCCAUACAGGAAUGGGUAAUGAGGCAGGCACGGAUUCCUGUGGAUGAAGAUGGCAUUGAACCCCAAGUUUGUGUGAUUGAGCUCGGGGGCACCGUGGGUGACAUCGAGAGCAUGCCUUUCAUCGAGGCCUUCCGCCAGUUCCAGUUCAAGGCCAAGAGAGAGAAUUUCUGCAACAUUCAUGUCAGCCUGGUUCCCCAGCCAAGCUCGACAGGGGAGCAGAAGACCAAGCCCACCCAGAACAGUGUUCGGGAGCUCAGAGGCCUCGGGCUCUCUCCAGAUCUGAUUGUUUGCAGGUGCUCCACUCCACUGGAUACCUCAGUAAAAGAAAAGAUUUCCAUGUUCUGUCAUGUUGAACCAGAACAGGUCAUUUGUGUCCAUGAUGUCUCCUCCAUCUACCGGGUUCCUCUGCUGCUGGAGGAGCAGGGAGUUGUGGACUACUUCAGGCACAGGCUGGACCUUCCCAUCGAGAGGCAGCCCAGGAGGAUGCUCAUGAAGUGGAAGGAGAUGGCUGACAGGUACGACCGUCUGCUGGAAACGUGUUCCAUUGCACUGGUGGGCAAAUACACCAAAUUUUCUGACUCCUAUGCAUCUGUCAUCAAAGCCCUGGAGCACUCUGCCCUGGCCAUCAACCACAAACUUGACAUUAAGUACAUUGACUCUGCUGACUUGGAGCCAGACACUCUGCAGGAGGAGCCUGUCAGGUACCACGAGGCGUGGCAGAAGCUCUGUGGUGCUGAUGGAGUUCUGGUUCCUGGUGGAUUUGGUGUUCGAGGGACAGAAGGCAAAAUUCAAGCUAUUUCCUGGGCAAGGAAACAGAAAAAACCCUUUUUAGGAGUCUGUCUGGGAAUGCAGCUGGCAGUGGUGGAGUUUGCUCGCAGUGUCCUUGGUUGGAGAGAUGCCAACUCAACAGAGUUUGACCCCAAAACUUCUCAUCCAGUGGUCAUAGACAUGCCAGAACAUAAUCCUGGGCAGAUGGGUGGGACAAUGAGGCUUGGCAAGAGGAGGACACUCUUCCAAACCAAGAAUUCAAUCAUGAGGAAGCUCUAUGGAGAUCAUGAUUUCUUGGAAGAGAGACACAGACACAGAUUUGAGGUCAAUCCAGAACUGAAGAAGUGUUUUGAAGAGCAAGGUCUGAAGUUUGUGGGGCAGGAUGAGGAGGGGGAGCGGAUGGAAGUGGUUGAGCUGGAAGACCAUCCUUUCUUCGUUGGUGUUCAGUAUCACCCCGAGUUCCUCUCCAGGCCCAUCAAGCCAUCACCCCCAUACUUUGGGCUCCUCCUGGCAUCUGCAGGGAGACUCACCCACUACCUGCAGAAGGGCUGCAGGCUCUCCCCCAGGGACACCUACAGUGACAGGAGUGGCAGCAGCUCUCCUGACCUGGAGAUAACAGAGCUGAAGUUCCCUUCAGCAAACCACGACUGAUUCCUGGUGUGUCCUUGCUGCAGAGAGGAGUCUCCAUUGGGUUUUCCAGGUGUUCUUACAGCAGCAGCUUCAACACCCUCAGCUUUGGGCUUUCCUAACUUACGGGUUUAUAAUUUUUGUUCUGAGAUCCUGUCACUUAUUUCCUCGGCUCUUCUGUCCUUCCUUUAUUCUCUCUAUAGAUCUUGGUUAUUUGUGGAGGAGAGUUCACAGAGGCCCCUCCAGACUCCCUUCAGUUGCACCAGCUUGGAGGCCAAGGCGAGCUGGGUGUGGGAUUUGCUGUGCUGAGGGGAAUCCCAUGGCACAAACCCUUCCCAGUGCAGGCAGUGCUUGGCACCAGGGUGCCUUGGACACUGACAGUGCAGCUGCUCUCUCCAGUCCUUCUGCUCCCUCCUCAGUCUUUACUUACUGGUGAAAUUAUGGAUGGCACAAGAUUUUGGGAGCUGGCUUAGUGUCUGAGCUGGGCUGUGCUGCACAGAGGGCUCUGGGCAGCUUCAUGCAGCCUUUUUGGUUUGUUUGGCUUUU